AUGGAAGUUAGCGGCAGCGGAGCUGGGAUAUAGAAAUUGUAGUUUCCAGCGGCGCUCCUUGGCUCUGCUCCACACCUCAUAAAUAAUAUCUCUCACCUCAUUUUAGCUACGAAGAGAAGCAAAAGCAAGCUGCCUGUGUCUUUCUUCAGCAAACCUAAGGGGCUCUCUUGGAGAGGCAGAACUGAGCACUCUGUUAUUAACAGACAUUAUUGAGGAAAUAAGCUUGCUUUCUUUUUUUGGCUGCAAUAUUUUUGCCACGGUUGCAACAGCAUCUUGAUGGGGAAGCUGAUCUCCAAAGGCCAGCGCAAAAGAGAUGCUCGAGUUGUCAUGCUGGGGCUUGACUUUGCUGGCAAAUCCACCCUUCUGUACAAACUGAAGAGUGGCCAGGCUGUGGAGACCUGCCCAACGGUGGGCUUCAACGUGGAGUCUCUGCAAACGCCCUGUCGCGUAUCCUUCACCCUCUGGGACGUCGGCGGACAAGGCAGCCUGCGGGCAAGCUGGCGUGACUACCUGGAGGACACCAACACCCUCAUCUUUGUGCUUGACAGCACAGACACGGCCCGGCUGCCUGAAGCAACAGCGGCACUGGAGGAAGCGCUGAGCCACCCCAGCAUGGCUGGCGUCCCCGUCCUCCUCCUGGCCAACAAGCAGGAGGUGCCAGGAGCUCUGGCUCCCGCCGAGCUUGGGGAGAGGCUGCAGCAGGGGAGGCUGUCGGGGCACCGCUGGGUGCUCCGGGGGUGCAGUGCCCACACUGGACAGGGCCUGCAGGAAGCCCUGACCGUCCUGGGAGAGCUGCUGCGGGUCUGGAGCAGAGGUCCCCCUCCCAAGAGCAGCCCCUCGCAGGGCCGGCGGGGAGGAGGCAAGCCCCAGGGCAAACCUGAACCUUCAACGGACCCUUCCCACUCGCUGCCCGCAGGUUUGCCACAGAGGAUCCCAGCCUCCAGGUGCCCCCUAAAAUGAGCAGACCUGCGGCAGGCACAUGCCACACUGAAAACCACCCAGCUGCUUGCCACUGAAACUCACCAGGAAGACCUCAGAGCAAAACUCCCAUCAUGGAGCAUUUUUGGCUCCAUCUCUCAGACUCUCACCAAUGGCCACAGCUUGUCCGGCAGUCACCAGGCUCUGCUCAUCCCUUGUGUGUGUGUCCAGUGCUUCAGCAGGGAUGCUUUUUGCCCGGAAAUAUAAAUUAUACCAGAGAUACGCACAAUGGACAGAGCGGCUUAUUUUCUUUCUGCAGCUCCCAGCUCCAAUGCAGCUAUCCUGAUGGGGUGAUCCCACGGGGGGGUGGGGUUUAAAUGUGCCCCAUGCUACUUCUCACUCAGCUUGAAUCACAUGUUCAUCAGCUGGAAAAGCAGCAACUGCUAAAAUGGAAUGGCUGAACUGGAGCAGCGUAAGCACAGGAGUUCAAACAGCCGACAGCUAACUGGUUUUAAUGCGGCAUCUACAGGUAUAAUCUUUGAGCCAUGGACGUGAGUCAGGAUUGAAUGUUGUAACGUGGUUCAAGGAUGUCUAGAUAUUAAUUUCUGCAUUUCUUGUUUUGGGCUUUUCUUUUCCAUUUGUUAUUUUUAUCAAAUACUGGUUUCAUGAAAAUGGUACCUCAUUUUCCUUGGAUUAUAUUUAAAUAUAAAGAAAUCAAAUCUGACUUCUAGAUGCUUGGAAGCACAUCUGCACGGCCAGUCAACUUCUAAAUAACCUCAUGGUGGGUUGAACAGCCAAGAUGAAGCCCUGUCUCUCAGACUUUUUGAAACUGGAUGAGACCACUCUACAGGUGAUGAUUGGUAACCAUGGGCACCUACGGGCACAGGCAGGUUGGUAACCAAAGGGCUCUGCACAUUCAGCUGCAUCUGGGGCAGUUGAAAUGACCCGGCAGCUCACGAUGGAGCUGGGUCCCUUGUUGCAGCGAUGGUCUUUGUCCGAUCCUGCUGAACCUACCAUUGGAAAGACCUAUAAAAUGUGUGCCUGAGGGCUUCCUGUACCCAAAAUUCUGUUAUUCAGGGUUAAAAUGAAGAAAUUUCAUAG